CGCUCGUCGGGGGUAAACUGCGCCUGCGCACAACGUUGACCCUCUUUUAGCCCUACGCCUCUUCUGUAGUAAUGGCUAAGCGCACCAAGAAGGUGGGGAUUGUGGGCAAGUAUGGCACCCGUUACGGGGCCUCCCUGAGGAAGAUGGUGAAGAAGAUCGAGAUCAGCCAGCACGCUAAGUACACCUGCUCCUUCUGCGGAAAGACCAAGAUGAAGAGAAGGGCUGUUGGCAUUUGGCACUGUGGGUCCUGCAUGAAGACAGUUGCUGGGGGCGCCUGGACAUACAACACAACAUCUGCAGUCACAGUGAAAUCUGCCAUCAGGAGACUGAAGGAGAUGAAGGACCAGUAAACACCAAGCUCCUUUUUUGUACAGUUAUUUUCGGUGACUCAAAUUGGCAAUUUUUCUUGAACAUCCUGCAAUAAAGUGUCUGAGCGAG